UUGUAGGCGGGUCGUAAACCCUGGGUCAAAACGUGCUCGCGAAGUGACUGGUAAAUAAAACCCUUCAAGAAAUUUGGGGAAUCAAACCGGAUACACUUGUCGCUUUAUUUUAUAGAAAUGGACGAAUCGGUUUUUCGAGCUUGGAGGCAGGUGCAGUAAAAUAUUAGAAUACAUGCAGAACUUGGACUGCACGGGCUGCAGGACCUCCGAGCAGGAUCUGGAGGGAAGCGAAAAUAGAUAUUGCUCUUUUGUACAUGUCCUAUUUCUUUUUCUUGGGGAAUUGUUUCUCAUAAAAUCUGGUUUGCUCAUCGACGUGACGUGUUGCGACCUGAUGUGAAUUAUGAUCACAAAGUAUUAUGAUGGUUGCACUUCAGUAUUUGACAGGAAAACUUGCCCUUGAGUUUAAACCUAGUCAAACCUAAUUAAGCAUAAUUAAGUAUUUUAAUCUGACACUGGGUGAGUGCAACCUCUAUUGUAGGGAAUUUGUGCAUUUCGUUUAUAUAAACAUACGGGGCAUAGUGCAUUGUCUGCUUCGUGAAAUGCGCUCACUUCAGCACUUGCAUCGUGCAGCUCACGGAAAAGAAACAGUACACUAUUUGUAGCUGGGUGAGUUCACGCGUCGCUACAUUACUGAAAACUACUGAAAAAAAGAAGAUUAUGGACAUUAUUGUCUUUAUAAUGUAGUACAUGCAUAUAUACGAAAAUAUUUUUAUGUGAAUAGCUACAUCGCUGUUGAUAGGUUGCUGGAGAAACUGACAGCUGCCGCCUAUACGCGUCACAGUUCGUUACAUCAUUUCGCUUUGUUGCUAAUGCGUUCCUUUUCUAAAAGUUUGAUAAGAAAUGGACAAUAUGGUAAACACUAUGCAGAAAAAGACUGCGGAGCUGGAACGCAUGGCCGAGGUCCUUGUCAUCGGAGAGCAAUUGAGACUCCGUCUCCAUGAGGGGAAGGUCAUCAAGGACCGCCGACAUCACCUCCGUACUUAUCCCAACUGCUUCGUGGCCAAGGAACUGAUCGAUUGGCUUAUGGAGCACAGGGAGGCCUCAGACAGGGAAACAGCCAUCCGAAUCAUGCAGAAACUUCUGGAUCACAGCAUCAUCCAUCACGUGUGUGAUGAACACAAGGACUUCAAGGACAUGAAGCUCUUCUAUCGUUUCCGGAAAGACGACGGAACUUUCCCUCUGGACAAUGAAGCCAAGGUUUUUAUGAGAGGGCAAAGAAUUUUUGAAAAGCUGAUGAACACGGAGAACACGCUGCUGCAGACGCGGGAGGAGGAGGGCGAGGCUUUCGAGCGAGCUCUGGUGGCCUCCGAGUUCGUGGAUUGGCUCCUGCAGGAGGGAGAGGUGGCCUCCAGGGAGGAGGCGGAAGUUUUGGGGCGGAGACUGCUGGAACAUGGCAUCAUUCAGCACGUGACCAAUAAGAACCACUUUUCGGAUGGGGACCUGCUGUACCAGUUCAGGAUGAACUUCCGCCGGCGGCGGCGGCUGAUGGAGCUGCUGACGGACCGUUGCCGGAGCAUUCCGGAGAACCAGGAGAGCCCCUUCUGUCUGCGCAAGCAGAACGCCGACCGGCGCAACGCCAGCUUCCUCUCAGUGAGCCCCAGUAAGGAGAUUAAGGUCGUGUCGGCAGUGCGGCGCAGCAGUAUGAGUGCUAUCUGUAGCAGCAGCGGGUAUUUCAGCAGCAGCCCUAUCCUCAGCAGUAGCCCCCCUGUCCUCUGCAACCCCAAAUCAGUGCUGAAGAGACAGGUGAGCCCGGAGGAGCUGCAGACUCCAGGUGGCCCGUACAUAAAGAGGACAUUCACGAUUGUGGGCGAUGCGGUGGGCUGGGGUUUCGUUGUGAGGGGGAGCAAGCCCUGUCACGUCCAGGCCGUGGAUCCCAGUGGCCCUGCGGCUGCAGCUGGAAUGAAGACCACAGUUGUAUAUAGGUCACACUGAAGCAAACUGGUGGACAUCAACAUCUAAUGCUAACAGAGUGCUUUCAUGUUUGUAAAAACUAAUAAAAAUUUACGUUUACUUUACUCUUGAACCUAUUAUGUGGACUUGAAGUAGUUCAGAUUUUAAAAUGUGUAUGUCUUUGAAGUGAUUUAUGUAUUAUAGAAUUGAAAGUGUUAAUUGUUGUUUGGAAGCAUUAUCAUUAUCAUUCUUGUUAUGUUCCUGGCAUCACUGAGUAAGAAACCAUUGAUGUGGAAGAUUAAUUUUUUAAUGCAAAUGUUCCUUUGCUUUCUAAAAGGUGUGCACUUAUUACCUCCUUGACUGGAUUGUGUAAUAGACUGUAGAUGAGGCCAAGAAAAACAGGUUUACUGAAUAAUUUAGUUCUGUAUAUACAGCGAAUGGGCAAAAAGCAUAUGUAGGAAUUCUAAUUUAUUGAUUGUUAGCUGUUUUUUAACCAAACCCUUUAAAUAGCUUAUCUU